AUGUAUGAUCAUUUGAAUGAUGCUUGUAAGAGCGGCGGUCGACAGCUUGCUGGUUACAUCACUUUAUUACAGUGUUGGAUAUAUGAUCAUUUUCCCAGUGUUCAUGAGAGUGUGACUGAUCCAGAGUAUGAUGAGACGUCACCACGUGCUUACGGUGGCUUACUACGAAGGCUUAUUCGAAGGGAUUCCCAGCAUCAACGUACUGGACACGGUGAGCUUAGAUGGGGUCCCAUUGUGGUCACACAUCGACCAGAGAGGGUGGUGCGACAAUUUGGAUACGUUCAGACCAUUCCUCCACUACCUACGGGUGCCAGCUUGUCAUUUGAAGAUAUUGACAACAGGUGGAUGCAUUACUCCGACCAUCUAGCAGCAGGGGGACAGAUUUGUCUUGUGCCUGGCCAGUGUGCACCAGAUUACACGAACUAUAUCCCUGAGGUCCCAAUGGCACUAGAAGCUGGACCUUCAAAUGUGCCUUCUGAUGUGGAGCAGCCUAGACAUGCAGUGAUAAGAUGA